AUGUUUGUGUUGAAGUUCACUGUGGGUCUCCUGACCCUGAUGCUGGUGUCCUCUGCCUGGGUUGAGGAACUGACUGAAUUUGAAGAGAAUGUUGUGGAAGAAGACACCUCUGCUGAGCUCUCUGUUGGUGAGCUGCUGACCAGAGCCAACAGGGACCUCACCCCAGAGGCCGAUGAGCCUACUCUGAUGGGUGACAUUGCCAUGCCCUCGGAGAAGAACGCUGACCCCUGCACCGCCACCGGGUGUCUGUGGCAAAAGUACAGUGACGGAAACAUCUGGGUGCCCUACGUCAUUGCCAACCACUUCUCAUCUCGUGAGAUAGCCAUCAUCCAGCGUGGUCUUGACUCCUUCGCCGAAACCACCUGCAUCCGCUUCUUCCAGCGCCAGAACGAGAGGGACUAUCUCAGCAUUGAGUCUCGCAGCGGAUGCUACUCCUAUGUUGGCCGUCAGGGUAAUGCCCAGACUGUGUCUCUGGCCCGUCAGGGCUGCCUGUACCACAGCACCGUCCAGCAUGAGCUCCUCCACGCCCUGGGCUUUAACCAUGAGCAGACCCGCAGCGACCGUGACAACCACAUCCGUGUCGCCUGGGAGAACAUCAUUGAUGACAUGAAGUACAACUUCGACAAGAUCGCCACCCUGAACCAAGGAACUCCCUAUGACUACAACUCUGUCAUGCAGUAUGAGAGGUACGCCUUCUCCAAGAACAACCGCCCCACCAUGGAGCCCAUCCCCAACAACAACGUGUCGUUCGGCGAGGCCACUCAGAUGAGCAAGAACGACAUCGACAGGCUGAACAGGCUGUAUGGCUGCUGUGAGUACUGUCACACUGAACAAUUUACAAAACCUGUGGUCCCACUUCCCGAUGAACUCAAGAUCAUUCCGCUCAAGGAGUAG